AGCCAAUAAACGUCGCAGAGAACUCAAUGAUGUCUCAUUUUGCAGAGGAUAGUUUAUUCUAUCGUUCUAUAUAGUAUAUUUACUUAUUCUAGGUGUUAAAAACCUAGGGUUUUCAUUUUCUGGAAUUCCUAUCUUUGCAAAUCUGAUAAUAAAUUUUAUUUCUCUAUAUUUUUGUUACAAACAAUUUCCUCUAUUCGAAUCACUAUUUGAAUUCUUUCUAACGCUGAUGACAAUGAAAAAAAUUGAAAAUAAACCUUAUUGAAUAAUUUCGUUACUCGCUGUAUAUGUUGACUACACUAUGUACAAUAAAAUUUUUAGAAGAUGUUAUCUCUUCUUAACAAUUAAAUAAAAAACUUUUUUUUUCUUCUUUUAAAUAGAUAUUUUCUGCGAAUAGUGAUUCAUAUUCAGUUCGUCAUAAUUAUUUCGAUGAACCAAUUGUUGCACGUUUUAUUAAAUUUCAUCCAAUUCAAUGGCAUUUACAUCCAUCUUUACGUGUAGAAAUUAUUGGUUGUCAAGAAUGUAAACAAUAUUUAGGUUUACCACCAUAUGGAAAAAUUAGUGCCUCAACAUCAUGGCCAUAUCGUCGACAUGCAUCAUGUCAACCUGAAGAUGGUUAUAUAAUGAGUAAUAAAGGAUGGUGUGCAAGAAAACGAUACAAACAUGAUCAAUGGCUUGAAUUUGAUUUGGGUCAUCCAUCGAUUGUCACAUCAUUGAUAACGAAAGGUCGAGGUGAUACAUUUCAAGAUCAAUGGGUUACAAAAUAUAAAGUUUCAUUUUCAAAUGAUACACGUCUAUGGGUUUAUUAUAAAGAUAAAUCACAAAUUGAACCAAAAGAAUUUUCUGCAAAUAAUGAUCGUGAUAGUGAACGUAUACAUUUUUUAAAUGAACCAUUUUUUGCUCGAUUUGUUCGUUUACAUCCAACUGAAUGGCAUAAUCAUGUUAGUAUGCGAGCAGCUAUCUUAGGAUGUCCACAUCAAGGUGCUUGUUUUCCAGGUUAUUUUCGUGUGAAUAGUGAAGCUCAAUGCGUGGAAAAUAUGGCAUAUAAAAAACAAACAUGGACAAACGAUAGAAAUCGUCGUCAACAACAAAGUGUUAUUGGUGAAUCAAAAUUUCGUAGUGCAAGAGAAACAAAUGGUGAUCCAGCAUUAGCUGUUGAUGGUUUAGAAGAUUCAUUAGAUUGGUCAAAAUGUGCUACAAUUGAUAAUUAUUUUGUUCGAAAACCUGUUUGGAUGGUUGAUUUAGGUCGAAUAACAAAUGUAGCUGGUGUUUUAUUACGAACAUGGCAUGGAAAUAAUAAAGCAAACAAUUCAACAAUAUCAUCAUCAAUUUAUCGAGAUUAUUUAGCAAAUUUAGAUCGAUAUAAUGUUUAUGUUCAUUAUCGACCACGUCGAUAUCGUUUUAAAAAUGCAAAUUUAUGUUCAUUUAUAACACGCACUGAUCAAGCAUUAACUUCAUCAUCUCGUCUUCAUUUUCAAUGUCAACGUCAAUUACGUGGUCGUUUUGUUUAUAUUGAAGCUGAUGGUGUAACUGAUCGAUGGAAUAAACUAUUUACUGCUGUUCUUUGUGAAGUGUUUGUUUAUGAGCAGUAG